GUCAUACACCCUGUUUACCAGACUUACAUGGAAAAACAUUUGAAGGUGGCCGCAGAACAAGCAGCACAGCAAGCAAUCUCAAGCACUCUCUCUAAUGGGAAACUGAAGUCUUCGUGAUCUUUCACACUUGUCAUCACUAGAAUACAUUGACAAUUACUAACUUAAUUUAAUCUGAAGUAAACUUUUCUUUCAUAACCUAGGAAAUACUGGAAAUGAUAACCAACAAUAAUAUUUGUGAUAGUAAAAAUAGAGAAGGCCCUAUCCAUUAAUAAUAUUCUCAUUAUUUUUACACUGCUUUUGUUUUUUCUAUUUAUGUUCAUGUAUAUUACAUAUUUUAAACAUGCUUGCUGCUCAUAUUGGUGAUUUUAGAUGAUUUGGUUCUAAAGACCAUUUGAGUUGCCCCUGAAUAAUGUGUGUGUGUGUUUGUGUGAAGGAAUAUUUUAGCAUUGAUGCUUUGAGCUAGUCUUUGGAAGUUCUCUUUUGUGCUAAGAUUCUUGUCCAGCAGGAUCAUAACCAGACAUCAUUUUUCCUUUCAAGUGCCAAAUAUCUUUCAGAAUAGUGCAAAGUGUUCUUUUUUCCUUAUUGGUCAGUUUUUAUGUUGAUAUAAAUCACGUUUUUUUCUCUCUUUUUUAUUGAAAUGAUUAUUGGGAAGAAAGGAAGCACAAACUUUUUACUGCAUACAUUUUUACAAGGCUUAGAAACAUGUUGCUGCUUGUUGAUUAUUGAAUGAACACAUUUAGUUGGGCAAGUCUUAGUAAUAAUUUAUUUUGGCAUAUAUGUAUAUCAAUAGUAAAAGUCAUCAUUUGGGUGAGUGCUGGACAUGUUCUGUAUGCAGUUAUCAAGCAUAGUGCACUCCAUAAUAGGAGCUGUAGAUGAAUUCUGCCUGUUUCAAAUAUUUUAUGAUAAUGUUUUUCAAAAUUUGCAAAUGCCAAACUUACAUUGUGAACAUUGUAUAUGAGGAAAGGUAACUAUCUAAGUUUGUUAAUCUUAAAUUGAUCUUUUGAUAAUUUGAAAUUCUAGAAUGGUCACAUUUAUUUUGUAGGUUGCCUAUUAGUAAUCAGUUGAAGGAAGAGUAAAUUAGAAUUUUGGGAGAACAGAAGUUGUCUGUGGUAUGCUUGUAAGGGAAAAAAAAUACUGUUUGUUUUAUCUUCAAUUAGUAUUACAUGGCAGCAAGCUGUGCCAAUGGUUUAUGAGUUAAUGUAUUAUGCUUACAUAAGACCCAUGAAAAAUUUUAAUAUUCCUUUUUUUUUUCUUGUAUUCUUGUAUUUUAUGGCUGGUACUGUACACUUGCCUAUCCUUACAAUAUUCCUCCUAAAAUGUAUUAAUAAAAAGAAGGAAAAUUUUUUGUUCAUGGAAGUUUCAUCAUAAAUAUAUAUUUAAAAAUCUGACAAAUAUAUUAUAUCCAUAUUUAGUGUUUUGUCUCUGAAGGGUUAAUUUUUGUAUGGAAAGUGUUUUAUGUGCAUGUGCAGUUAGUUGGAAUUUUCUUAAUAGUGUGUGUUGUAGAUAUUGAUCCACUAACAUUGUACAUAUAUAAAUGUUGUAUAGAUUAAAGUAAUUGAUUGUUAUAACAUUGCAAAGUCAGGUGUUGCAUGGCCAAAGUAACUGCAUGGAACUUUGUAAUAAAAUCAAUAUUUUAAAAGAAAAAAAUGCCAUGCUGCAGUACACAAGAGCUGUUGCAGGUGCAGUCUAUUUUGGUGCAUUGGUCAUUAAUGACCAUGUCCAUCAUACUUGGACACUCAUUGACUGUUGCUUAUGUUGUUGAAAAUGGACGUGGUAUUUUAAAAACUGAAAGAGGACAAGGAAAUUUAAAUAUUUUGUUCUUUUCCCAGGAAGGAUUGCCAAAUGAGUGUGCAAUAUGAUAUUGGUUGUUCAAAGUUUACAUAACCAUUUAGCCAAAAGAUAUGGUUUUAAACACCAUCAAGCAAAGCUGAGGUGGAAAUUAACAAAUAAAUCAAUACCAUUAAAUUUUAACUGUAUUGUGUAGAUUUUUUCUAGAACUUGAGAUUUUGUGAUUGUGUAGUUACUCAUCUUUUUAUAAUUCAUAUAUACUACUAUUUGGUAAUCUUUUUUAUCAGAAGCCAAAUGAAUUCCCAUUGUAUUUCCAUGCCUGAAAAAUAUAAACAAUGAUCUUCCUUAAAUAUUGCAUUCAAGUAUAGUCAUGUAUUGUUGAAUGUUACAGUUACAGAAAGUAAGAUAUUUUUUUGUCAAUUUAUUUUUACCCUGAGUCCUUCACAAUGGUUUGAUCUUUACUUAUCUUUACAACAUUGCAUGCUUGGGUAAUAAUAUUGUUUGUUUUGUAAUUGUUUCUCUAAACUUCUUUCAUUUAAAAUGCCACAGGUAAUGUUAUAAUAUAAGCUACCAAUAUUGGCAGAUCUCAUGUGGUCUGCCAAAAGUGCCUUGCCAUCUCCAGGAGGAUUGUUUGUUGAAAGUAGCUAAUAUAUAUUUCUGUUGUACAAGAUGAUCCACCUUCUCACAGACAACAAUUCUACACUUCUGUAAUAUGCAGUUUAAUAAAUCCUCAGAUACACUUGCCUGAAUCAUUGCUCAGAGCUUUAGUAUUGGUGACUUGUGAAAGAUGGAUGGUCUCUAAGUUUCAUUUAGUAUGGUUCUAAAUUUUGGAUAUUUUUGUGUUAAUAAAGUUUAUACAGACUUC